UCCAAAGACCCCUCUCAGCUGUUAGCUGAUUUCGUAAAGCAGCUGAGAGUUUCCAUACCCUUUUAUACUCUGAUCUUUACUUAAAGGAGAGAAUGUAAAAUAGUAUUUUAAAUUCUGCGCUGCAAUUGAUUUGACGUCAUUUUAGUUUUGUUAUCCAUUGUUAGUGGUGCAAUUGCAGAUUUCUGUAUAAACAUUGCUUGGUUGAUAAGAGAACAAAGCAAACAAAUAAACUAAUCUUGCGUUGCUCUCUGAGUUGAUAACAUUAACACAUGCUUAUACACAUACAUAUGUAUAUUAUCAAGCGUGUGUAUUAAGAAGAAUUCAAGUCUGUAAUUAACAAUGAAACAAUUCAACUUUUGUUGCUUGGCUAUUCUGAUUGUAAUUGGAGAGACCCAGGCGGGGUCAUUUUUUAAACAACGGAAAUUACUAUCUCCUGUAAUAUUUGUUCCUGGCGAUGGUGGAAGCCAACUUGAAGCUAAACUCAACAAACCUGAUGCCCCCAUAUAUUGCUUUAAAAAAUCGGACUGGUUUAGCUUGUGGUUGAACCUAGAAUUGUUGGUCAUACCGCCAGUUUAUUGUUGGGUUGAAAAUGUGAAGCUAUAUUAUGACAAUAUAACGCGAACCACGCAUAAUUCUCCCGGAGUAGAAAUACGUGUUCCUGGAUGGGGUGACCCCGAGGUUGUUGAAUGGAUAGACCCAACGCAUAAUAAAGCUGGUGCUUAUUUCAAGGAUAUUGCUAAUGUGCUUGUUAAUUUGGGGUAUGAACGUAAGAAGAAUAUUCACGGAGCACCGUACGACUUUCGAAAAGGGCCAAGUGAACUUGGCCAGUUUUUCAUUGAUUUAAAAAAGCUUGUUGAAGACACUUAUGAACGAAAUUCUAAAACGCCGGUGACUUUUAUUUCACACAGCAUGGGCAGCCCAAUGACCUUAGUGUUCCUCCAUCAACAGACCACGGAAUGGAGGAAAAAAUAUGUCAAGAGACAAAUAAGUUUAGCUGGAGCUUGGGCGGGUAGCAUGAAGGCUGUCAAAGUAUUUGCAAUGGGUGACGAUUUGGAUUCAUUUUUCCUGAGUGGAAAAAUUUUAAAACAGGAACAAAUUACGAACCCGUCUACCGCUUGGUUAUUACCUUCUCCUCUCUUUUGGCGGCCUUCCGAAGUUUUGAUUGAAACUCCUGGUCGGUCUUAUACAAUGUCACAAUUAAAGCAAUUUUUCGAUGACAUCGAUUACUCUAUUGGUUGGAAUAUGCGCCAAGACAAUAUGAAAUUUACUUUAAAUUUCAGUCCCCCCGAAAUUGAACUACAUUGCCUAUAUGGAGAUAAUUUGGAUACAGUGGAACGCUUACAAUAUAAAACGGAUGCACUUGUUGAUGAAACUCCAAAACUGAUAAUGGGUAAGGGCGAUGGCACGGUUAACCAAAGGUCACUACGUGCUUGUCACGCAUGGAUCGGGCGACAAAAUGCCAAUAUUACAAACGUAGCUUUAAACGGCGUGGAUCAUAUGGGUGUACUCGUUCACAAAGACGUUUUGAACUAUAUUAAAAAUGUAAUGCAGACAUAAAUGCUUCCGUAUAGGUUUAACAAUUUAGUAAAUAUAGUAUGCUUUAUGCGGAUUUAUGCUUUUUUAUGUAGGUAAAUGUAUUGCAAUCCGAGAUACAGUUUAACCAUAUGUGUGUAUGUGAGUUCUUAGUUUUUUCUAAUAAAAAUUUUACUACUUUGAGAAAAUAGUCUGACAAUUAUAUGUGCAUAUCAUUUCAAU